AUGUCUGCGGCUUCGCUCCCCAAAAGAAUACCCACCAUAAAAGAGAUCUCAGCAGAAGCCUCAAAGCUUGAAUUGCACACGCACAUUGCACUCAGGAUCUACUUGCGGACAAUAGCCAAUGUUCUCCGCCAGGCGGAACAGUACAAACUUGAGCAAGAUGUUCUUAACGCAUACAAAUUUUAUAUGAAAUUUGCCGUAAUCACUCUUGACAAGCUGCCAGCACACCCAGAGUAUCAUAAACCGGAGAGCAAAAAAAUGGUAGCCGAUUUGAAGAGGCAAGCGGAUAAGGUACUUACAGAAAUGGAGGUUCUCAAGCCUAAGCUUGAACAGAUGCGUGAAGAGCAGAUGAGAGCAGAACUGGAAGCGACAAAAAGAGCACACCGGAAGGAAGCAGAAGAACGUGCAAGGAGGCAAAAGGAAGCAAGAAUAUUAGAUCAUACCCAGCAAGCAGAUCAAAUGUCUGCUAGAAAAGUGGAAGAAUGGUCUUUGAGAAUAGAGUAUCCGACUAUAUCAUUAAAGAACGAAAGUGACGGGUAUUCAUAUGCUGGUCUUAGCAAUCGACCUUCACCUUUUACGCCACCAGCACUGCCACCAGUGCCACCAGGGUUAGUUGCUCCACCACAGCCAAAGUCACCACCUGCUAUUCCACCAAAGCUGCCGCACGAUACUGAAGACGCGGCAAAAGCGGACACUUUUGUUCCACGGCUGCCGCCAAAAGUGCCUCAUGGACCACCGAAACCACCAAAGUUGGAAAACUACGCAAUAGACAAUAAGGAUGCAAUUUCUGCGCCCCAAGUUAAACCAGAGAUUCAAGCAGAUAAAACGAUAGAGGACGGCUAUGUAGAAGAGGUAGAUUACAAGGCAUAUACGGAAGGCGGAGAAGGUCUACGAACAAUAUAUUUGCCAUCAAAGUUGACCAGAGAGUUCCUAAAAAUUGCCGCACAAAACACAAAAAAUAAUUUGGAAACUCUUGGUAUUUUAGUAGGGACUUUGUCGCACAACUCAUUCUGUAUCACGUCUUUAAUAAUUCCCAAGCAAACUGCUACUUCAGACAGUUGCAACAUGAUAAACGAAGAAGAACUCCUUGAAUGUGUGAAUCCGAAUGAACUGACAUUAGGAUGGAUACAUACCCAUCCUACCCAAACAUGCUUUAUGAGUUCGAUAGAUUUGCAUACUCACUCAUCCUAUCAAUGGGGAAUUCCAGAAGCCAUUGCUAUUGUCUGUGCACCAAAAUACAACGACAUCCGUAUUUUCCGUCUUUCUAAUCCACCUGGACUUCAAGUCGUAAUCAAAUGUACAAAGAGAGGAUUCCAUCCGCAUACAGAAGAUGAACUUUUUGUGGACAUAUCUAAAAAUGGACAUGUUAUUAACAAAAACCUAGACUUACGAAUUGCCGAUUUACGAUAA